AUGCUGUCAACUGUGCGCCUUAUGAAGAAUCCCGUGAUGGUCAUGGGGUCGCGUGCUCUCAGCGUACCUUCGUUCAACCCGGACCUGAAGUCUCAAGCUAUCAAACCUAAAAAUAUUAAGUACUUCAAGGUUUAUCGCUGGGACCCAGAGUCGAAAGAGAAGCCUUACCAGUGCACAUACCCUGUGGACUUGGACGAAUGUGGGCCGAUGGUAUUGGAUGCAUUGAUCAAGAUUAAGGCUGAACAAGACCCGACACUGACGUUUCGCCGCUCGUGUCGUGAGGGAAUUUGUGGCUCGUGUGCUAUGAAUAUUGACGGAGGAAACACGUUGGCAUGCCUAAGUCCGAUUAAGAAGAAUAAGGACGUUACUAGCAUCCACCCACUUCCACACAUGUAUGUCAUUCGCGACCUCGUGCCAGAUAUGAAUAACUUUUACGAUCAGUAUACAUCCAUCAAGCCGUGGCUACACUCGGACAAGCCACGUGAUGUCAAUCAUGAGCACCUACAGUCCGUUGAAGAUCGUAAAAAGCUUGAUGGCAUGUACGAGUGCAUCCUCUGUGCAUGCUGUAGUACCUCGUGCCCUAGCUACUGGUGGAACCCCGACAAGUACCUUGGACCGGCUGUGCUGAUGCAGGCAUUCCGUUGGAUUGAAGACUCGCGUGAUGACAAGACAGAGGAGCGUUUACGCGCGCUAGAUGAUUCGUUCAAGCUGUAUAAGUGUCAUACUAUUAUGAACUGCACACGCACUUGUCCGAAGGGUCUUAACCCUGCUCAGGCUAUCGGAAAGAUCAAAACUCGGCUCGCCAGUAUGCACUAA